AUGGAAAGGGAUACCUUGAUAAUAGUGAUCACACUGUCGGCGGUUAUAAGCGCCACCCAAAAUAAUGACAAAACUAUAUCCGACCAAGACUUUAAAAAUGCCAAGAAAGUAACGAUCGCGAUAAUCGCCACCAUAGGCUCCAUAAAAGCGGCGCCAAAAGGGUUGACACUCGUUACUAGCAAUCAAUAA